CAGUACUCGCUGCCAGCGUUGCAGCAAUGGCGAACGCCAGCAAUGGGCCGGUCCGAAGUCCCGGCGGCGAAGAAACAGGGUCCAAAAUCAACAGUCUUCCACAAUCACAGGUCACCAGUGAGCAGGAUGCCUGUACUGUCACAUGGGGAUUCACACUCGAUCAACUGUACAAAAUGGCCACUGCGUUUUUCAAGGAACACGAAGGAAAAGCCUUCCACAUUUCUUACGAAGACAAGGUGAAUCUUGUAGCCUACACACUUCAAGUAACACAUGGAAAGUACAACCCAGAGAGAUGUAAACCUCUUGGCUACCUCGACGUCGUAGGAAGGGACAGGAGGCAAGCCUGGACUUCAUUAGGAGACACAGACCGUGAGACAGCCAUGAAGAAGUUCAUUGAGUUGCUCAACCUUAAAUGCCCCCUAUUCCGACCUUUCAUUGAAGCACACAAGGCAGAUAUGGAAGAGAAAGAGCGCAAAAGGCAGGAAGAAGAGGAGGAAAGGAGGAGAGAGCAGGAAGAAGAAAGGGAAAGGCAGAGGUUAGAAGAAGAAGUUUCCAAACAGGAACAGGAGCGGCUGAGACAACUAGAGCAAAAGCGGCUAAUCCAGGAGGCACUCAACCGGCAGACCUAUCACCAGUUCAAGGCCUAUGCUGAGCAGCAGUUUCCUGGCAACCCUGAACAGCAAGGUGUGCUGAUCCGGCAGCUACAGGAGCAGCACUAUCACCAGUACAUGCAGCAGGUGCUCAACCAGCAGCAGCAGCAGCAGCAGCAGACAGCGAUGGCCGACGGGGGCGACACGGCCGACGGGCGACCGCCAGCAGAUCCACAGCCAGUGGUGGCUAACGGGGGCGAUGGCGACACCAAGGGCGAAGAGGGAGACAGCUCGGCUGACGAGGAGUCCACCGAGGAAGGUGGCCAGGCGUUGCCGACAAUUGCCACGGCAUCCAUGUGGACCCGCAAGGACAUAAAGGAGUUCAAAGACGGCAUCCGCAAGGAAGGCAGCAACGGAAUCCUAAAGGUGGGUCAUGGCGAAGUGGUGACCGUGCGUGUACCGACGCAUCCCAACGGCAACUGUCUCUUCUGGGAGUUCGCGACGGACAGCUAUGACCUGGGCUUUGGCAUCUAUUUUGAAUGGACUGCCGAACCAGGCAACCAGAUGUCUGUGCACGUCAGCGAGAGUGAAGAAGAAGAUGAGGAGGAAGAAGAAGAGCGCUCUGCAGAAGGCGGAGACGUGGAGAAAGGCUCGCAGGGGGACCCCCAUGGCUUGACCCACCAGUCCUCGAUGAGCCUGGUGAUUCCGGUGUUUCGCCGUGACUGUCACGAGGAGGUGUACGCCGGCAGCCACUUGUACCCCGGCCAGGGUGUCUACCUCCUCAAGUUCGACAACUCCUACUCCCUGUGGCGCUCAAAGACCCUCUACUACCGCGUUUACUACACACGAUGAGCCCCCUCGCGCUGGCAGCCCACCACAAAGACGCGACCGUUGCCGAGUGCCCGUGCCGACAACCUGGGCAGCGUGACGAGCUAAAGCGUUAGGAAAUGUUUCGGCUGUAUUUCUUUUUUUUUUCUCUUCCUCCUCUCCUGUUUCGUCUUGACAACAGAAAUGGCAUUGGAGGACUGUUUAUAACACGCCACCACCACAUGUAUAUCACCCGAAAGAAGCAAACGCUGAAACGUUAACUGAUGUUCGUUGUACGAGGCUUGCUGAUUGCGUUCAAGUUCAAGAUUUGAAAUCUGUCUUGGCUGACAGGGCAGGGUGAACUGGACUAGAGUAGCUUUUCGCUUACGACACAAAGCAAAAAGAUGUGGGAUACGAUUUAUUCCGUAGCUGUGCGGCUGAUGGGACACUACUGGCCAUAAUAGAGCGCAAAAAAAAAAAAGUGAUUGUACCGGUGAUGGACUAGUUGCGAGACAGAGAAAGUGCAGUGCCACGAGUUACUAAAACACCCAAAGCAUGACAAAAGUUUAGACACAAAAAGAAUAUACGUUUAUUUUUCUCUGAAAGCUUUAUUCUGCCCGAGAGAGACUCGUGGAAGCGCGAAAUUUCAAAUAAAAUGUGCUAGGGCUGGUCAAGAAGCCUCGUUUCUGGUUGACCCUGUGCUUUCGUUGUCACUGACAUGCCUUGGGGAAAGUUUUCGUUUUGUUGUAGAAGAAUGGUGAAACAGUCAUCUAGUGUAAGUGGAGUGCUAACGGGCGACGACUAAGAGUGCAGUGUUGUUCCUGCAUUCUUUCCUAGUUGUCCGUUUGCAUGCUUUUUAUUUUCUGUCAUGCUUCACCGAGGUCUAGUGCCUCCAACAAACAGCACAGCUCUGUGGUAAGGGCAAUGAUUCGUCGCUGACGCUUCUCGUCGUUGUUCCUGCUGCUGUGCCUAAGAGCCGUGCGGCUUUCGAUGUCAUUGUAGUAAACAUGAUUGUGCCGCCUGGUUUGUGCUAAUAGGGACAGUCCAGUUCUGCCACAGCCCCAGCCUAAUCCAGUGCUUCUCUACACUUUCGUUUAUAUGUCAUUUCAUUUAACGAAUCAAAAAGGUUUCUGAUUGGCAAAGAAAAUCAAAGGCAACGUUUCUUCUUCUCACGAGUCUUGCACCCAGCAUCAGUAAACGACGUCGCGGGUUCCGAAGCCACUUUAUCUGGAAAAGUGGUGCCUCUUUUGCCUGGCAGCUCAUACGCCACACUUUCACCAUGUGCCACUUCACCUCCCUGCUCACGUGGUGCAGUCAUGUUGUGCCAGCAACACCAUUCGUUCCGCACUGCACAGUUCAUGCCAGGGUCCACAUUCUCCAAAGAUCACUUUCCGAUACUCUUGCGUGUCGUGGCACCUAGCGCAAUGCCUCUUUAGGACAUUGAACAGAACCACUUGAUGAGCUAACCAACAUUCAUUCACUGUAGGCAUACUGUUGGACCUCUAAAUAAUUAUCGGAUUUAAUGAAGUAAAUUUUACAUGUUUCUUGCAUAUGUUGACAUGAAACAAACGAUUAUCGGAUAUAACUAAGGUACCUUGUACCAAAUCUGACUUUGUUGAUAACGGGAUUUGACUAGGUGUCUCAAAAGUUAUAGGUCCAGAUUAUGAUCUCCCUACCCCCCCAAAAAAAGUAAAAUAAGAAUUCUAUACCAGCACAUCCCAGCAUGCAUACGUGCACAAAUCCCAACCAUAGUGCAGCAAGUAUGUGAUUAAGGGGUAAGGUGGGAAACAUUAAGGUUCCUUUGGUGGUGUAACACGAAAGCACUGUUUUCUGUGGUUUUGAAAGUGUGUGCACUGAAUUCCCGCAAUCUCGCUGUUACCGCAGAGAGUUUGAAUAUAAGCAUAAGUUGUAGAUGAUAUCGGUUAACAGAAACUUAAUAGGCAUCAGACCAAGGAAAUUUUGGGCAGGGGGUUUCAGUGCCAUGGGUGGCUAUGGGAAAACUAUGUGCCUCCCCUCCCCACCAUAUUGCAGUAGUGCACAAAGAGAUAUUAUAUUGUGGUUUUUCUGUGACGAGUACAUUAAUGACAAUUAAAAAGCCAUGAGUCGGUCUUUUUCGAUAUUGUCCUACAGCGUACACAUUUUGUGCUGUUGGGGGGGCGAUGAUGCACAACGGUACGUUUAUUUUGCUGCUUUUUUAUGGUGCUCACUGUUGCCCGCAUUCUCCAGUUGAUGGGCUAGUGCAUUUCACACGAGUGUAUAUGUGCUUUUCUCUUUUAUCCCUUGUCAUUACACUUGGAGCCCCAGCUAGGCUAACCUUCUCCAGUUGUCAUUAAACUAAUCUCGCUCUCGUGUGCGUGAGCUUUGUGACAUACUGAUUGAUGUACAGUUUGCUUGUGAUACAUUUUUGGAAUAGGCAGGUUUUGCAGACGAUGGGACUGGCUAUGUGGUGUGAAUAAUGCGGUGGCGAGUGUUCAAGAGGCUAUUGCCCGAGGCUAGCAGUAUGGGCUGAUGCAGCAACAGGCUCACCAGGCUGAAAAUGUUAAAUAGGAUAUCUUUUUGUUCACUUCUGUAUGUAUGUGGGAGCUGAUUAGACCAUUGAAAAAAAAAAAGAGUGAAAUCGACACACGUGCAACAUUUUAGCAACUGCUGUAAGCAUGGUUGUGGAAAGAUAUUCAUCAGCAUUGCGCUUUCUGAACAUAAUUUUCUAGGUCUCUCUCGAAAGGAAAAACUUAUGACAAAGAGCUUUUUGGUUUCUUCCUGCAGGUGUAGAAUGGAAUAGGAGAAACAGCAGCUGCGAUAUUGUUAACUGAAAGGCACAAGUAAGGCCUGUAUAAUUUGCAGCCAGGGCUUCGCAAAUGGCCGUGUAAGGGUAAACGCUGAAGCUGUAUAUAUCGCAUCAAGUUCUUCAUGUGUAGAUGUAUUGUGUUUGCAAAAUUAUCAAUGGCUUUGAUGCCACAGCCAUUUCCUUGCUGCUUAGUGUACUGUUAAAAUUUAUGCUAACAAGCUUUUCUUCUUUUGUUGAGCCAUCGUACAAAGGCAGACAGUGGUGCUUCACAUGGCAGAUAGUAGAGCGAAUAGCUUGGCGUGUCAUUUCUUGGAAACCCAAUUUCGGUUACGUACACACUGGGUAAUAUGUUCAUUAUGCAUACUAUGCUAUGUUGUGCUAAACAUUGUGCAAAUAGGAGUACUACACGGUAUACAUGAUUCUUCCAGCUAAAGAGCUUGCUCAUUCGCACUCAAAUUUCAUGCACUGGUAGUAAGUAUUUCGCAGUGCACGAAGUUUAAUGCCAAGUUUGGGAGCACUAUUUGUUUGUUUAGUUCAGAAUAAAUUCAAAGUAUGCAUUCUCCUGUGGUUACACCAGACAAAAGACAUAGAAUGCAGGGGAAAUGGAACGUCGGCACCAAAUGUAGUGAACGAAACACAGCACGCCGUAUUUAUAAGAGACAGCGUCUCGCUGUUCCAUUGCAGCAAAACAGACUGUUGUCUGUCUAGCAUCACCACAGACGAGGCAUACUUGACUAAUGCUGCAUGAAACGGGCAAGUGAUGCACCCAAACGUGGCAGCAAACUGCGUGCACUGCGACAUGAAACCAACAGUUUAGCUGAAAGGGUAAUGCAUACAUAGUGCUCCUGUUGAUGCAACAUUUGGUACAUGAGGUGCUCAACAUGCGCCAUCACAGUUGUGGAAAGUGCAAUAGCAAUCAGGGCAUGCUGCAUACUUCAUAUAAUCGUAGUUCUCCAAUCAUACCAAACCGAAGCUACUCUGAGCUCCAGGUAUCAGUAUGAGGGGUCAGGGGGGGUGAUAGGGUCUAAUUAUCUGAUCAACAAGGGAGCAACAAAACUGAACUUCACUUCAACGCAUUGAUCCACCGUAUCGCAUGUGAUCAGAGCAGCAAGUUCCCUUAAACAUUGAAGGUGCCGAUUGGAAAUGCUGUUUACCUUGUUUCGCUCAUAGUGCAUUUACAGAUAUAAAUCUUUUGUUCUUGUUGUGCUCAGGAGGGAGGCGGCGUCUUGUGCAUAGCAACAAUUGCCAGACCUAUGUGCUUUAGUCAAUCGCUACUCUGUCUGGAUACCAGAACGUGGGGAUUAGGAGGUGCUAUGAUUAAAGAAAUUUGCUUGAGUGGCAAGUACUACAAGAACGUAACCCAUGCACUGAACUCAUAAACGCCUGUGUAUAUUCAGGGCAGCGGUUCUUCAAGAAGAAGAAAUCGAGGGCAUUUAAGGAAUUUUGUAGCCCUAAAAAAUAAAUUUCAGGGACAAGUGAAACGUUGCUUUGGAUGGUUUGAAAACUACUGUUAGCAACAAACUGGUUCUUGUUACCGACAAAUGAUUGCUAAAUGUGAAAAAGGGGUUACCUAUCAAACUGCUAAAAAGUUGCUAUUACAGUAUAUGAUGAACUUGGUUUUCGAAUGUGGCAUAUAUUUUGUUAAAAUUAAAGGGCCCCUUACCAUGCAUAUACAUUACAGACGGGCGUAGUGUACUGACCGUGCUGUGACAAUCGUGUCUGCAAAGUAUUGCACCAGUAUACGCCACCAAACCAGCUGAAAUUUCCAAAAGCCUGUGCACUCUUCAUCACAGUGGGGCCGGGCCAUUUGCACCACCAGAGAGAUGUCACAUGCGUGUUGCAUUCAGCACACAAAUAGCCACGUCAGGACGACCCUAUCGAAAAAAGCCUAUAUACCCAUAUAUCCAUUAAUUUUAUAUAAAAACCUCUACGUUCCUCUAUAUCAUAUGGGCCAAGUCCCAUGUGUUCCCAUGGGAACAUGGUUUCUAUGUGGGAUCCCCAGAUGUUCUUGUAUGGGACAUGUUCCAUAUGAGAACAUAGGUGCUUUUGUAGAAUCCCCAUUUGUUCAUGUGGUAUUAUUGGAUAUUGGGGCAUAUAAUGUUGCCUUUCUUUCGAUUGGGGAACAACUCGGGGAAUCCUGUGAAACACGGGAGCACACAUAAACGCAUCUGCAAAUACAAGUCGCACAGCAAGAAGCGAGGAAAGAUGAGGAUCGUGACAAAAGAAGCGGGCUCCAAUAUGGGAGGCAGGAAAGGAGCACCGAUUACGGCUCCUAGUCGGGGCAUCGAGAGAGAACCUAUGCUACAGGGAAGGUAGCCAGACUCCUCAUACCGUUGCUUUCGAUGUUUGAUUUGUUACAUCUAAAAUACCACUAAGGAUCAACUUGUGCUCAAUCCAUACGCCUGUUGCAUAGCAUGUGGUUGUGCGAAAAAUUGCACAUGUCGCAAACAGAUGCACAAAUUUUGGUUUACACUGCUUGUGCAGACCCAGUGUAAACCGAAAUUUGUGCACCUUUGUGCAAAAAACUACACAGUCGUGCGAAAGCGCGAGUCGGCCCUAAACACUUUUCAAAUAUUGUUGCAGUAGAAUGCUCCCUAGGUGAUGCUUUAAAACAUCCAGUGUAUACCUGAAAACGAGGCCUGGAGAGGGGCCCUUUAAGGACAAAUUACCAACAAAAUCCUUCGAGCUUUGCAAAAAAAUACAGAACGCAAGGAUUUUAAUACACUUUACAAUGUUUAAGGACAUUAAGAAUGUUAAUCUGAAUGUGGUGCUUUAUAUUUGAAGGCUUCAAGGACAGCUAGAAACCCCUCAAGCUUUCGCUCUUGGGCAACACUGAGCCAGUUCAUCAUUGCCGAAAGCACUUUUUUUCUUUCUUUCAGCAUUUUUUUUUCGUUUGUAUAUACUAAACUAAGCUCACCUGUGGAUUUGUGAUUGCCCAAAGAAGCUGGCACAAAGCGUUACUUGUACAAUUACUGUUGAAAUUUUUAUUCUACGAUGAUGGGGCCAGUUCACUGGGAGAGCCCUCGGGUUGAAUAUGCAAAAUACUGGAACCUGGGUCUCAACUGCUCUGAGCAUUGUUUGCUUUGCUAAGUGGUUGUAUACCAGCUUGCGCGCUGAGUAAUACUGCACGACAUAAGUGCAGCAUGAGUAAGUUAUUACCAAAUGAUUUUGUACGCCUGGAUGGUUUGUGUGGUUUCAGAAAUUUGCUAGCCUGCAUGAGUGGUGCAGGUUUUACUAUACUAACGAGAGUGACACAGAACGACAGCUUUGCUCUCAUCUUGUACAAAAAAAAAAAAUUAAUAAAUAGCUUUACUGAGUGGC